UGUGAAGAGUCAUUUGGCCUUGCUCGAGUAUCCAAUGUUUGCAUGACUGCAUCUCUCUUCUUUUUUUUUUAACCGCUCAAUACUACAAAUUUACAAUAAUUCUCAAAAGUCUAGGGGACACGCGCGCGCCCUUCAGCUCUCUCCCUCACUGUCUCUGUCUCUGUUGGUCACCAUGCCAUUGCACUGUUACAGGUCACUGCCAUUGUUUCUUGUACUCGCCAUUGCCUUCUUCUUCUCCUCUUCUUCUUUGCUUUGUUUCACCCAUGGAGCCCCAACCAUCUUGCAUUCCAACCUCCACUCCCUUCAGAGUCUAUAUCUGAGGCUCGGAGGUUCGUUCUGGAGAGUCCCAGCAACGCGCCUAUGAAUGAGGAUGAUGAUGAUAAUAAUAAUGACGACUACGAGAGCUCCUCAUCGAUUGUCUUGGCUGCAAAGAGGACUUACAGAAGAGACCCUCUUAACGGCUUCAGAAGAUACACGGGAGGAUGGAAUAUCAAGGACGUUCAUUAUUGGGCUUCAGUGGGGUUUACUGCAGCUCCUCUUUUUGUCAUUGCUGCAAUCUGGUUCCUUGGUUUUGGUGUGUGCCUGUUACUCAUUUGUAUCUGUCAUUUCUGCUCUGGAAGGGAGCCUUUCGGAUAUUCCAAGACUGCUUAUGCUCUUUCUCUUAUCUUCCUCAUUCUCUUCACCAUUUUAGCAGCCAUUGGAUGUGUUAUCCUUUACGCCGGUCAAGGGAAGUUUCAUGGCAGUACAACAUCAACAUUGGAUUAUGUUGUAAGCCAGGCAGAUGCCACUGUUGAUAGACUGAACGGCGUGUCUGAUUAUCUUGCUGCAGCCAAGCAAUUACAGGUGGAUAAAAUUUUCCUACCUUCUAAUAUCCAAACUGAUAUUGACAACAUUGAAGAAAAACUUAAUGCUUCUGCUAGCAUUCUUGCUGACAAAACUGCAAAAAAUUCGCAUGACAUACGAGAUCUUCUAGAUUCUGUGAGAUUGGCUCUAAUUUUGAUUGCUGCUAUUAUGCUUGUCUUGGCCUGUCUUGGAUUCUUAUUCUCAAUUUUUGGAAUGCGAUUACUGGUCUACAUUUUGGUUGUCUUCGGAUGGAUACUUGUUGCUGGAACCUUUAUAUUAUGUGGCAUAUUUGUUCUUCUUCACAAUGCGGCUGGUGACACAUGUGUUGCAAUGAAUGAAUAUGCUCAAAACCCAACUGCUCAUACAUCUCUAGAUGAUAUAAUCUCUUGUGUGGACAAAGCCACUGCCCAAGAAACCAUAAUGCGCAGCAAGGAAGUAUCUUCCCAGAUUGUCGAAGUAAUUAACGAAGUCAUCACAAAUGUUUCAAACAUUAAUUUUGCUCCUGCUUUUGUGCCUUUUUACUUCAACCAGUCUGGUCCAUUAGUGCCAAUAUUAUGCAACCCAUUUAACUCUGACCUGACAAAUCGUCCUUGCUCUGUUGGUGAACUGGACUUCAACAAUGCAACACAGGUUUGGAACAAUUAUGUUUGUCAAGUUUCGCCUAAUGGUAUAUGCACCACACCAGGACGCUUGACUCCUACAUUCUACAGCCAGAUGUCUGCGGCAGUGAAUGUGAGCAGUGCCUUGUUGAGUGAUGGUCCUUUCUUGGUUGAGCUUGAAGACUGCACAUUUGUGCGCGAAACUUUCAGCAACAUAUACCAGGAUCAUUGUCCUGAUCUGCAGCUCUACAGUAAAUGGAUUUAUGUUGGCCUGGUGAUGGCCUCAACUGCUGUUAUGCUCUCUUUGGUGUUCUGGGUGAUAUAUGGGAGAGAGCGGCAUCAUCGGCUCUAUACAAAGCAGCUGAAUGAGACUAGUCUGGAGGAGAACAAAAGCCUUGAACUUGAAGAGAUUCAAGAGAACAAAAUCCUUGAGGACAGGAAAGAUACUUAAGAAUAAUCGAACUUUAGUUUUUUAUUUCAUUGUGGCCUAAUUUGAACUAUUAUUCAUUCCAAGCAGUUUAGUUUUGCAAGUAAUGUAAAUGAUUUCUCUGAUGCAUGAGCGUAAUUUAUGCAUAACAGCUUCACCUUUUCUGCAUAUUUUGUAAUGAAGCUUUGCAGUUCUUAAAAAGAGACACAAUUUAGCAA